AUGGAUCCUUCUUCGCCGCCCUCACUCGCGAAACACCUCUCGCCCUCGACUGCAGAAGCCCAGCAGCAUCCACACGGAUACGUAGACGAUGCGGAUAGGCUUGCGCAGCUUGGAUACGAGCAGGAGCUCACGCGUGGAUGGUCUGCGCUCGAGAGCUUCGGUAUAUCCUUCUCCAUCAUCUCAAUCUGUACCGGCAUCACGACCUCCUUCUCGCUGGGCCUGACGAACGGCGGACCUGGAGUCAUGUCUAUCGGAUGGAUCUGCGUCUCGGCAAUGACCAUGUUCGUCGCGUUGUCGAUGGCGGAGGUCGUAUCGGCUAUUCCGUCGGCUGCUGGACCCUACGCCUGGAGCUCAGUACUGGCGCGCGAGAGGUGGUCGCCGUUCGCCGCCUACUGCACCGGCUGGUUCAACUUUCUCGGUCAAGCAGGCGUGACGACCGCCAUCGUCUUCGGCAACGCGACGUUCAUCGCAACCGUCGCCGCCCUCCGCGGCUUUGUCAUCACCGCCCCACGUGUAAUCGGCAUCCACGCCGCCCUCCUGAUCUUCGCCGGUCUAGUAAACACCGUCGGGAUCCGUUUCCUCGGCCACCUCAACCGCUUCUCGAUCUUGAUUCACUCGGUCGGAGUGUUCUCCAUCUGCGUGGCGUUGCUUGCGAAGGCUCCGACGCAUCAGACGGCGAGGGAGGUGUUUGCGACGUAUCAUGACGAGUCGGGGUGGGGAGAGAGGGCGAGCCCGGCGUAUGUCGCCUUGACUGGUAUCCUCCUCGCGCAAUUCACAAUCACUGGCUUCGACGCCAGCGCGCACAUGGCGGAGGAGACGAAGGACGCUGGCCGUGCGGCCCCUAUCGGUGUCAUCAUGUCCGUCGGCGUCUCGACAGUCUUCGGCUUCUUCUACCUCGUCUCGCUCCUCUUCUCGAUGCAAGGCUACGACAGCACCGUCGUCCCAGCAACCGGCCAGCCGGUCCUCCAGAUCUUCGUCGACGUAUUCGGCCAGAACGGAGGCACGGCCGCUGCGGCGAUAAUUAUCUGUUGCAUCACCCUUUGCGGCACAUUCUCCGUCACUUCCAACUCGCGCAUGUUCUACGCUUUCAGUCGCGACCGCGCCCUGUUCGGCUGGUUCGACCAUGUCGAUAAGCGGACGCAGGUGCCCGUGAGGACUGUCUGGCUCGCCGUACUCCUCGCCUUCUGCCUCGCGCUACCGUCAUUGGGCUCGACAGUCGCGUAUGUGGCAGUGACAUCCAUCGCCACGAUCGGCUUAUACAUCUCCUACGUCCUCCCGAUCGCUAUCGGACUCGCUUUCGACCAGCACCGCUGCCGUGCAAUCCGUGGGCCGUUCCACCUCGGCGCUUUCUCGAGGCCUUGUGCAAUCAUCGCGACUGGCUACGUCAUCUUUAUCACCGUCGUCUUCUGCCUGCCGACUAUCAGCCCUGUCAACUCGCAAACGCUCAACUACGCCCCAGUCGCCGUCGGCAUCGUCUUCCUCUACAUCAUAAUUUCGUGGUUCGGCUGGGCCCGGCACUGGUUCCACGGUCCUCGACAGGAGGCGCUCAACUCCGUCACCGACGCAGCACUCAAGUUCGAGCCAGCCUUGACCGAAGACAAAGGCGUCGUCGGAGGCGGGAAGAGCGAGGCGGACCUGGCGGGCGGUACAAAGGUCCAGCAGGUGUUGACCAAGUGA